UGGUAGCUGCACACACCGCGGUCCUGGGCGCGUGUCAGGCUCGGAUCCUUGCCUCGUGCCGCGUCUGGCGCCAUGGCUCUCCCCGGAACCCGGGCCCGAGGCUGGGCGGCGGCGGCCCAAGCGGCACAGCGGCGCCGCCGCGUGGAGGGCGCGGGAGGAUCCCCACGUCCUGAGCCCGAGAGUCGGCGCGCGGCGCUUUACGUGCAUUGGCCCUACUGUGAGAAGCGCUGUAGUUACUGCAACUUCAACAAGUACAUCCCCCGCGGCGUAGAGGAGGCUGCCAUGCGGAAGUGUCUGGUGACGGAGGCUCAGACGCUGCUGCGGCUCAGCGGGGUGCGACGGGUGGAGUCUGUUUUCUUUGGUGGAGGAACUCCCAGUCUGGCCAGUCCUCACACUGUGGCUGCUGUCCUGGAGGCGGUGGCACAGUCAUCCUACCUGCCUGCAGACUCCGAAGUCACAUUGGAGGCUAAUCCUUCUUCGGCCCCAGGCUCCAGGCUGGCGGCAUUCGGGGCAGCAGGGGUCAACAGGUUGUCCAUUGGCCUCCAGUCCCUGGAUGACAAAGAGCUCCAGCUGCUGGGGAGGACACACUCGGCCAGUGAUGCCCUGCGGACACUGGCAGCAGCCCGGCACAUCUUUCCUGGGCGUGUGUCUGUGGACUUGAUGCUGGGACUGCCAGGACAGCAGGUGGGGCAGUGGCUCAGGCAGCUGCAGGAACUGCUACACUACUGUGAUGACCACAUCUCCCUCUACCAGCUGUCCCUAGAGAGGGGCACUGCACUCUUCGCACAGGUGCAGCAAGGUGCCCUUCCCGCCCUCGACUCAGAGCUUGCAGCUGAGAUGUACCAGAGGGGUCGAGAAGUCCUUCGCCAGGCUGGCUUCCGCCAGUAUGAGGUCUCCAACUUCGCCCGAAAUGGGGCGCUCAGUACCCACAAUUGGACUUACUGGCAGUGCGGUCAGUACCUCGGUGUUGGGCCUGGAGCCCAUGGACGAUUUGUACCUCAUGGUGCUGGGGGUCACACUCGGGAGGCUCGGAUCCAGACCCUGGAGCCUGACAACUGGAUGAAGGAGGUGAUGCUCUUUGGUCAUGGCACCCGGAAGCGUAUCCCCCUGGGCAGGCUGGAGAUCCUGGAAGAAGUUUUGGCCAUGGGGCUGCGCACUGAUAUAGGGGUCACUCACCAGCACUGGCAGCAGUUUGAACCCCAGCUGACCCUGUGGGAUGUGUUUGGAGCAAGCAAGGAGGUGAAGAAGCUACUGGAGCAAGGCUUACUGCUGCUGGAUCACAGAGGUCUUCGGUGUUCCUGGGAGGGUCUACCUGUACUGGAUUCUCUGUUGCUGACCCUUCUGCCUCAACUCCAAGAGGCCUGGGAGCAGAGAACCCCAGCUCCUGUGCCUGGAGGAUGACCAUAUCUUCCUGAAUCCCAAGGUUUUACCAGGUGGGCUCUGAGGACUGAGCUGGUACUGCAGACAUCUCUGCUGUCUGGUGCCAUCUCUUGUCUAUGUGGUCACUGCCCAGCCCUGGCAUCCCUGGCUACAGUGAGGUGGAUGGGAGGAUAUUUCUGGUUUGAGAACUGGCAUCCCAUUCAGCAUCACAGGACUCACAGACCAGCCUCUGUUCCAUGGCUGGCAAUUACUCAUCACCCACAUCAGCUUCAGUUUCCCUUCGUGGUACCAAAUAGUAAACAAUGUUUGGAAAUCUUCCUACAGAGAAUUACCUCCUCCAAGAGAGCUUUCUUAACUCUGGAGUGAGGUUCUAAGAAAGCUGUAUAAGUUAGAAAAACCAUAUCCCUUCUAAUCAUUUUAAGCAAAAAUGAAUUUAACAUAAGGAUGAGGUAUUUACAAAACCAUUGAGAGAGGUGGAGAAGUGAAAAUUUGUGAAAGCCACCACCUGCUGUCAGAAAAUCAGAGCAUUGCAGGAGGCACAAGAAACUCCUGGUGAUGGUCUGAGCUGCCAGCAGCACAAAAGCAGGUGAUGUAUAGGAAAAUACCAGAAGAUGCUACAAAACUCAUGCUUACUGUCUGCCACUGAUGGAAAAGGAGUGAUCCUUUCUAUAAAUGUCUCUCAUUAGUGGACUCUGAAGGAAAUGCUGGCUGGCAGGAGAUUUUAAGGAAUAUAUUUCUCACGUUUCCAGACCCCGCAAUACAGGAGAGACUCAGGUAUGCUGGCGGACCCACAAAUGUGGCUUGCUGGACUAUGAGAACAGUGGGGGGAAAAGACUAUACUUUCAGGGAUCAUUUCUAUAGUUCGUUACUAGAUAAGUCUCUCUGAAUGUGUAGAGCACCGUAAACCACGAGGAGGAGGCGCAGCGUUCUCUCCUGAGCGUGAAGCCAGCUCUUGAUGUUGCUUUAGUGCAGUUACCACUUGCCAUUGAUGAUCGUUCUUCUCUUUCUUUGGGGGAAUAAGAGGGAGAGAACGCAGUCUGAGUGGUUCUGUGUUUGAAAAAGAAAAAAGAGAACAGUGGGAAAGCUCAGAGCAAGCCUUGCUCCUUCAGCCCACCAGGACAUGUUUUGGGUGGCAGGAGCCACCCAGUCUCUCCUGAGUCUAGUCCCCCAACUCCCCUUGCCUUUUCUAAGAGUUAAUCAGGGAAGGGGCAGAGGAGAACUCCAGAAAGACCUAGAGCAUUUGUGACUCUCCUUUAUCUUUUACCUAUAGAAUAGUCACAUGGUUCUAUUCAAAUACCCUCAUAACGCUGUUUUAGACAUCAGGCAGCAUUUCAGCUUGUAUCUCCCAGAAAAAUGUAUACUCCUUUAUAGACAUAAUACUGUUUUCAGCCUAUGAAAGUUAAUAUUAAUGCAGUAAUAUGCACCUCAUUUUAAAAUUUCCCCAAAUGUCUUCAAAAUGUCUUAAAGUUCUUUGACUUAUUG